ACCGUCUGGAUCGUGAUCGCGGGACUGCUGCUCGAUUUUGCUGAUUAAUGGCCCGUACAAAGCAAACUGCUCGUAAGUCAACUGGAGGAAAGGCUCCCAGGAAGCAGCUGGCUACUAAAGCUGCCAGGAAAAGUGCUCCCUCUACUGGAGGUGUGAAGAAGCCUCACAGAUACAGGCCUGGUACUGUGGCUUUGAGAGAAAUUAGGAGAUACCAGAAGUCCACUGAGCGCCUGAUCCGCAAGCUUCCAUUCCAGCAUCUGGUGAGGGAAAUCGCUCAGGACAUCAAAACUGACCUGAGGUUCCAGAGUGCAGCUAUUGGUGCUCUGCAGGAAGCAAGUGAGGCAUACUUGGUGGGUCUCUUUGAGGACACCAACCUGUGCGCUAUUCAGGCAAAGAGAGUAACAAUUAUGCCCAAGGACAUCCAGCUAGCAAGAAGAAUCCGUGGGGAACGUGCUUAAUUUUUUUUUUCUGGAAACUGUUUUUGAUCUUAGUUUUUUGUUUUUUUACAAAUGUACAUAAAGUGUGAUGUCUCCUUAUUUUAUAAAGGGUUUGUUAACUGUAUAGUAGUUGACAGUAAAUUGGUAGUACACAUUUUAUAUGACAUUCCCUUAAUCCUCAGGUUUUUCAGAAAAUUUGUAUCUGUGGCUAGUCUACUUCUGUGGCCCUGCCCAUUAAGAGUCUGCAUGCCUUGGCUCCAUUCUCUCCAUACUUUGGUAUCUUUCAGUGUAACUCCAUUGUAAAUAAACUUUCCACUACCUCAA